AUGACAUUACCACAGCUCGAACUUAUGGCCGCAGUUGUCGGCGCCAGAUUAGUUCAACACGUACAAGAAUCCUUGAACAUUUCCGACGUCAUCUGCUGGUCCGAUAGCCAGAUUGUGCUUCAUUGGUUAUCAACACUGAAACGGUUCGUGCAGAACAGAGUGAAAGAAAUGCAAACACUUAUCAAAUAUUAUCCAUGGUACUACUGUCCAACAUAUGAUAAUCUUUCAGACCUUCUAACUCGUGGUAUUCCUGCUGACCAGCUCUUACAGAACAAUCUAUGGAACAGUGGGCCGUCAUGGAUACAAAACCAGUACAACUGGCCUGUUUGGAAACGAACAGAGAAUCAAAUGCAGACGACAACAAAAACGCAGACAACAUUUUCGGAUAUCUCGUUGCCCUCCGAUACCACGAAGAUAAGCGUAGUAUGCAGUAUAAAGUGUAGCACAAAUGAAGGCAUCCAUCAAGUAAUCAACAUAGAGAAAUACAACAAAUACUUCAAACUGUUACGUGUAACUGCCUACAUAUUACGAUUCAUAAGCAAUUGCCGAAAUACACAGACAAAACUUACCGAUGAAUUAACGACAGCAGAAUUCGAAAAUGCAGAGAUAAGGUGGCUAAAAUGUUGCCAAGAAAGUACUUAUCCAGAUGAGAUGUCCAGUUUGAAGUCCAAUACUACCAAAAAUCCACUUGUCAAACAAUUGCCUUUAUUUGUAGAUAAAAACGGUAUUAUUCGUUGUGAAGGGCGUAUACAUAACGCACCAUUAUCCGACGUCACCAAAUUCCCCUAUUUGUUACCGAAUAGACAUCCACUUACACGCCUGAUUGUACUAGACACACAUGAGAACCAGUUACAGGAACGAACGCUACUGCUACCCAUUUAA